AAAAAGAAAUGUAAAGAUUACAUUUAAAGCGCAUUUGUCUGGUCAAAGUGCAGUUGUAAAUUUAAACUUUAAGAUGAUACUAGAAUCUAAGUAUGUUGUGUCCAGUGUGUAGGAAAGACUAUCCUAUAGAAGAGAUAGGAAGUCACAUUGAUUUAUGCUUUUCACAACUUGAUGAAACUUUAUUAAACACACCACAAACACCAAAGAGGUCUUACCCUAGUGAUGAAAACAAUGAAACAAAUCUUCCAAAGAAACUGAAAGAAAAUCCUGUAACAAAUACACUAAACAUGAAUCCAUCAAACAUAACAUCGAUCCAAGAACAUUUUCCACUUUCUGAAAAAAUGAGACCCAAGUGCCUUGCUGAUUAUAUAGGUCAACAACAUGUUGUUGGUUCUGACACAGUUUUACAACAAUUACUAACAAAAGGACAUAUCUCUAGCAUGAUCUUUUGGGGUCCUCCAGGUUGUGGAAAGUCAACCCUUGCUAAUGUCAUUUCAAACUUAAGUAAAGAAAUACAUGGAAAUAAAAUUCAGGUUGUAAAAUUAUAUGCAACAUCUUCUGGUGUGGGUAGUAUAAGAGAUAUUGUUAACAAAGCAAAAAAUGGAACAAAAUUAAAUCAUCAAACAAUUAUAUUUAUGGAUGAAAUACAUCGUUUUAAUAAGCUUCAACAAGACAUUUUUCUACCACAUGUUGAGGCAGGCACACUUACACUGAUCGGCACAACUACUGAGAAUCCUUCUUACAGUUUAAAUUCUGCUUUGUUAAGCAGAUGUAGAGUAUUUUUUCUCAAUAAAUUAACACCAGACAAUAUUGUUGAAAUUCUUUGUAGAGCAAUUUCAUCUAUUAAUGGUGAAGUAUAUGAUACCCAAAACAAAAAUUUGUCCCAUAACUCUCAGGAUUUAACUUCAACUUGUAAGCCCUAUUUUUCUAUCAGUAAAACUAUAAUUGACUGGUUGGCUGAGGUAUGUGAUGGAGAUGCACGUGUUGCAUUAAAUGGUUUAGAACUAGCAAUUAAAACCAAAGUAUUAGAUAAACCAAAUCCUUCAAAUGUAUCAAUUACUCUUGAUGAUAUUAAAAAUAGUCUUAAGGAAGCACAUAUGCUAUCUGAUAGGCAAACUAAAAAUAGUCAUCACUUAUACUCUGCUUUGCAUAAGUCAAUCAAAGCUGGCAAUGCAAAUGCAGCUCUGUAUUGGCUAGCACGAAUUAUGGCAGUCAAAGAAGAUCCAGUAGAUAUAGCAAGACGAUUAGUAAGAAUAUCAAGUGAAGAUGUUGGUUUAGCAGAUUUGGAUGCUUUAGGAGUUGCUGUCCACACCAUGCAUGGAUGUCAAAUGAUUGGAAUGCCAGAAUCUGAUGUUAUUUUAGCGCAAUGUGUUGUGUACCUGUCUAGAGCCCCAAAGUCCCAAACUAUAUAUAAUGCAUUAGAAUCAGCCAAAAACGUUAUUAUGAAUCAUAAGGGUCCACAACCAAUGGUACCAUUACACAUUAGAUGUAGAUUAGGUCAAGGGAAACUUAAAGCUGCUCUUGGACAUAAUGAGGAACGAUUAUUACGUGCAGAGGAGACUGUUAAAACUUACUUACCACUUGAGUUGCAGCAUGUUAAUUUUUUUCAGAAAAAUUCCUGAGCUCUAGAAGAUUAAUUUCCCUCCUUCAGAUCUGUCCGAGUGUUAUACUUUGAAAUAAAGCAAUUUCACUAACACAAACACUA